UCAUGUCCAUGCAAAAUCACAUAACUCUCUACUACUACUAUCAUGGAACAUUUUCACAACAUCUUCAUCUUAUGGACUAUUUUGUUAGUUACAAUCGAAAAAGGUCUCAUCGCGGAGGGUCUAGGCGUGAACUGGGGAACACGGGCAACUCAUCCGCUUCCACCAGACAUCGUAGUGAAGAUGUUAAAAGAGAACGGAUUCAAUAAAGUGAAGUUGUUCGAAGCUGAUCCAGGUGUGCUUAAGGCACUAGGUAGAUCAGGUGUUCAAGUUAUGGUUGGGAUACCUAAUGACAUGCUAGCAACAUUGUCUGCUAAUGUUCGUGCUGCUGAACAAUGGGUUCAACAAAAUGUUUCUUCUUUUAUUUCCAAGAAUGGCGUCAAUAUCAGAUAUGUUGCUGUGGGAAAUGAACCAUUUCUGAAAGCCUAUAAAGACACAUUCCUCAACACAACAUAUCCAGCACUGGAAAAUGUGCAAGCAGCUCUUAUCAAAGCAGGCCUAGGAAGACAAGUUAAGGUUACAGUUCCAAUUAAUGCAGAUGUGUAUCAGACAGACACUGGUGUCCCCUCUGGUGGGAACUUCAGAUCAGAUAUUCAUGGUCUAAUGAUGAAGAUUGUUAAGUUUCUAAGUGACAAUGGUGGUCCUCUUACUAUUAACAUCUACCCAUUCCUUAGUCUCUAUGCUGAUCCUCAUUUUCCAAUCGACUUCGCUUUCUUCUCUGGGACUUCAUCUCCUGUUGUUGAUGGUACAAUCUCGUACACUAAUGUCUUUGAAGCGAAUUAUGAUACACUCGUUUGGGCUCUGGAGAAGAAUGGUUUUGGUUCACUCCCUGUAAUAGUGGGAGAAAUCGGUUGGCCUACUGACGGUGAUUCUAAUGCUAACAUUGAGUAUGCUAGGAAGUUCAAUCAAGGUCUACUAGACCGAAUUAGCCGGGGCAUUGGCACACCUAAACGGCCCACGCCACCAGACAUUUACAUUUUCGGACUAGUAGAUGAAGACGCCAAGAGCACUGAACCGGGGAAUUUUGAAAGACAUUGGGGCAUUUUUUACUAUGAUGGAGCUAUCAAGUAUCAACUCAAUUUAGGUAACAACCAAACUUUGAAACCGGCUAAAGGCGUUCGCUACUUAGCUAGGAAGUGGUGUGUCAUGGCCCCUGAUGCUAAUGUCAUGGACCCUAAUUUGCCAGACAGUAUCAACUAUGCUUGUACUUACGCAGAUUGUACUAGCCUUGGUUAUGGUUCGUCGUGUGGUGGACUGGAUGUUAAGAACAAUGCGUCGUACGCAUUUAAUAUGUACUAUCAAACUAUGAAUCAACAGAAGGGUUCGUGCGAAAGGUUUCAUAAUUUAUCAGUCAUUACAACAAUAGAUCCAUCACCUUCGUCUUCUAAUUUUGGACGUACCUCAUCUAAUUGUCGAUUUGAAAUCAUGAUCGAUGUGGGAAGGCACGAGACGAAGGUAAAUCCAGGUACCUCGUCAGCUACAAAGAUCAAACAUUAUUUUUCUCUUCUUUUAUUUGUGCUAGUAGUAGUAAUAAGAGAAAUGUAAGUAUUCAUCAAAGUGCAAAUAGUAGAGGUUGUAAUGAAUAUUAUUAACUAUUAAUAAAAUAUCUCCUUUUACCGAAAAAACAAGAAAACUAUAUAUCUAUCUGUUAAAGUCUAUGUUGCUCGGACUCUUUUGAAAUGUCAUUAGAUUCGUGUUGGAUCCUUCAAAGAUUGUAUUUUCGAAGGAAUCGAUACGGGUGCAGUAACAUUUUUAAAAAAUUCGAGCAACUUAGGUUAAAGCAAACCUUUGGUCCAGAAGGGGAAAAAGGGGCCAAAAUGAUUUAUCUUUUUUAAAAAAAAAAAAAAAAAGAAAGAAAGAAAGGAAGAAACCGA